AACCCGCAAAAGCACUCUCCUUACCCCCCAUGCUGAAAAGGCUCUUGGGCGGGGCGGCCCCGGAGACGUCGUCCCCUUUAAGAGCGCGCGCGCGCCCUCCUGCGGCGUAGAGUCCCAGGCGUGCGCUCUGGCGCAGCCGCCAAAGGGGGAAGGCCGCUCCAUUUUGCACGCAGCCAGCCAGCCGAGGCCGAGCGCGCCGCUGUCUCACGAUGCCGAUGUUCGUGGUCCACACCAACGUCAGCCGGGACGCCGUGCCCGAGAGCCUGCCGGGCGAGCUCACGCAGCAGCUGGCCAAGGCCACGGGCAAGCCCGCCCAGUACAUUGCCAUCCACAUUGUGGCUGACCAGCUGAUGUCCUUUGGGGGGUCCACCGACCCUUGCGCCCUCUGCAGCCUGCACAGCAUUGGCAAGAUAGGUGGGCAGCAAAACAAGAGCUACACGAAGCUGCUGUGUGACCUGCUCACCAAACACCUGCACAUACCUGCAGACAGGGUCUACAUCAACUAUUACGACAUGAACGCGGCCAACGUGGGCUGGAACGGCUCCACCUUCGCCUAGCCUGCUGCCCCCUCGGGUCCCCACUGGAUGGCUCUCCUAGAAGCCUCUGUCUUUUAUGGCCGUGGAAGGCAAAUAAAAGCUUGGGAGGAA